AUUUUUUGGCAAAAAAUUAUCCGAUAUACGAAAUACUCCUGAGCUUUUUGCAAUAGUGAAAGAUCAUGUUGAUUUAGAUAGUGAAAUUUUGCGUUUAAAGUUUGCCGAAAAAUGGUUAACAGUACCAGAAAUAGCUACCCAAAUAUUGCUAUAUUUGAAAGAACAGGCAAGUAGACAGUUAAAUUUUUCAGUCAAGAAAGUGGUAAUAACUGUACCAGCUCAUUUUAACGAUGCAGCUAGAGGAGAAGUAAUGCUUGCUAGCAAAAUUGCCGGACUUGAAGUAUUACGGUUAAUUGCCGAACCAACAGCAGCAAGCUAUGCCUAUGGUUUACAUAAAAAGAAAACAGGAUGUUACCUGAUAUAUGAUCUAGGAGGCGGUACUUUCGAUGUAUCAGUUCUCAAUAUGCAGACAGGGGUAUUACAAGUUAUUGCGACCGCAGGAGAUAAUAUGCUGGGAGGUGAUGAUAUUGACUAUUUAGUGAUGAAGCAUUUUUGUAAUAAAUAUCAAUUGGCUGAAUCCAGCGAGUUAAUAAAAUUAUCAAAAAAAGUUAAAGAAACACUUAGUGGACAAAAUAAAUCUGAUAUUAUAUAUAAUGGGCAAAUAUUGGAGUUGGAUAUAGAGCAAUUUGAGCAGUUAAUAUUACCAUUAGUACAACGAACGAUCACUAUUACUAAGGAUGCAUUAGAGCAAGCUGUGCCGUUGUCUCUUGGCAUUGAACUACAUGGGGGUAUUACGGAAAAAAUCAUUCUUCGUAAUAGCCCAAUUCCAAUAUCAGUUACCAAGGAGUUUACUACUUAUGUAGAUAAUCAAACCUCCAUGAUAUUGCAUGUACUACAGGGAGAACGAGAAAUGGUAGAAGAUUGUCGGUCACUUGCAAAAUUUGAAUUAAAGUUGCCUUUAAUGAAAGCAGGGGGAGUAAGAACCGAAGUAACAUUUUCUAUUGAUGCA